GCUGGUUCUUUAAAUUUAUAGCUAGUUUUGGAGCAACGUUAAUUCCCAUUCCGUAUAGGAUCUCUAAAGUAAAAAUAGCCAUCUCUCUUUGUCGUCGACGCCUCAUCGUCUUCUUCUUCGCAACUUUAUUUUUCGCCUGAAGCGAGAUGGAGAAAGCAAAUUCGAGUGGGUUGGCAAGGACGAGAUCCGAGCAGCUGGUGGAGAAGGUGGUUGCAGCGCUGAAGUCAGCGCCGUCGAGUGAGUCGAUGAACGGAAUAAUGGAUAGUGGGGGAAGCGGAGGAACACUGUCUCGGAAGUCAAGUAGGAGGAUGUCGCCGGGAGGGAAAAACAGCCACAUAAGGAAGAGUAGGAGUGCUCAGAUAAAGGUGGAUUUGGAUGACGUAGGCAGCGGCGCCGCCCUCAGCCGAGCUUCCAGCGCCAGCUCGGGCCUCUCUUUCUCCUUCACUGGCUUCACUAUUACUCCUGAUGAAACCACUGACUCUAAACCUUUCAGGGACGAAGACAUUCGAUUGCAUAUGUAUAUUGCAGCGGAGGAUAUUGAAGCUGGAACUUGCCACCUCAAGUUUCAAACGGAACCCACUUUGCCGAUUUUUCUCAAGUUCAAGGAUGUGAGCUACAAGGUGGUGAUCAAAGGCAUGACAGCAAAUGAGGAGAAGGAUAUCUUGAAUGGGAUCACUGGCUCUGUGAAUCCAGGAGAAGUUUUGGCGCUGAUGGGACCCUCAGGGAGCGGAAAGACUACCCUUUUGAAUCUGCUUGGAGGCCGGCUGAUUCAGUCCACUGCUGGUGGUUCUAUCACUUACAAUGACCAGCCGUAUACCAAAUAUCUUAAAAGCAAGAUAGGCUUUGUGACUCAAGAUGAUGUUCUGUUUCCUCACCUUACUGUGAAAGAAACACUUACAUACGCAGCCCGGCUGCGACUUCCCGAUACAUUCACAAAGGACCAAAAGGAAAAACGAGCUUUGGAUGUCAUCUAUGAGCUUGGCUUAGAAAGAUGCAAAGACACUAUGAUCGGUGGCUCCUUUGUUCGUGGGGUAUCUGGAGGAGAGAGGAAAAGAGUUUGCAUCGGUAAUGAGAUUAUAAUCAAUCCUUCGCUUCUUUUUCUGGACGAACCAACUUCUGGUUUGGAUUCUACAACAGCCUUGAAGAUCGUUCAGAUGCUACAAGACAUAGCAGAGGCUGGUAAAACAGUGGUGACAACAAUUCACCAACCAUCAAGCAGACUGUUUCACAAAUUCGAUAAGUUGAUCCUGCUAGGAAAAGGCAGCUUGCUGUACUUUGGCAAGGCAUCUGAAGCAAUACCUUACUUCCAAUCUAUAGGAUGCUCCCCUCUUAUUGCCAUGAAUCCGGCAGAGUUUUUGCUAGACCUCGCCAAUGGAAACGUAAAUGAUGUUUCUGUACCGUCCGAGUUGGAGGAUAAAGUGCAGAUCAUGGGAAAUGCAGAAGUUAAAACAAAGAAUGGGAAACCAUCACCAGCAAUGGUACAUGAGUAUCUAGUAGAAGCAUACGAGACUCGAGUUUCAGAAACAGAGAAGAGAAAGCUAAUGGUGCCCAUCCCACUUGAUGAAUCACUGAAGUCCAAGGUUUGUUCCCCUAAAAGACAGUGGGGUGCAAGGUGGUGUGAGCAAUAUUCCAUACUGUUCUGCAGAGGAAUUAAAGAACGGAGGCACGACUACUUCAGCUGGUUAAGAAUCACCCAAGUUCUCUCCACUGCAGUCAUCUUAGGAUUACUUUGGUGGCAAUCAGAUGCUAACAAUCCAAAAGGGCUUCAAGACCAGGCAGGGUUACUUUUCUUCAUAGCGGUGUUCUGGGGAUUCUUUCCGGUGUUCACAGCAAUAUUCACAUUUCCUCAAGAGAGAGCAAUGUUGGCAAAGGAGAGAGCAGUUGACAUGUACAGACUAAGUGCAUAUUUUGUGGCUAGGACAACAAGUGACGUUCCGUUGGACUUGAUACUACCAGUACUGUUCCUGCUGGUUGUUUAUUUCAUGGCCGGUCUGAGACUAAGUGCGGACUCCUUUUUCUACAGCAUUCUCACUGUCUUCCUCUGCAUUGUGGCGGCUCAGGGACUUGGACUGGCUAUUGGGGCCACACUAAUGGACCUGAAGAAGGCAACUACUCUGGCUUCAGUGACUGUGAUGACCUUCAUGCUAGCCGGAGGAUUUUUCGUAAAGGAAGUACCGAAAUUCAUAUCGUGGAUUCGGUACAUUUCAUUUAACUACCACACGUAUAAACUUUUGUUGAAAGUGCAACAUGGAGGCCUGCCGCGAGGCAUAAAUGGGAUGAGAAUUGACGAUGGGUGGACGGAGGUUGGUGCUCUGAUAGCAAUGGUUUUUGGUUAUCGAUUAUUGGCUUACCUUUCCUUGCGGCGGAUGAAACUUCCAUGCGGAGUUUAGAAGGAACGUUAUAACUUAUAGUUUGAGUUGCUAGGGUUUUCAUCAAAUAGAUUGAAAUGCCGAGCGUCAAUGAAGCUUCAUGCUCUUUAAUUUUCUAUACGUAAUGUAUUUUCGAAGAUGCUGAAACUUGGAAUACUAAACUAGCAAGAUAGGCGUUGGAGGCUGCGAAAUUUCAGACAUGCUUUUGCUUCAUCCUCGCCUCUUUGUCCCUGACUGCCUGUAUAUAUUUGUACCCAUCAUUAUCAUUCCUAAUAAGCCAACGCGAGGUUGCCUUGCCACAUCCAACUUGAAGCUUUCCUCGGUUUCUCCGCUUCCUGUUUUCCUUGAUGGGAUUUUUAUUAUUUGUAUUUUUUUUAAUAUUUAUGAAUAAUAAUAGUUUAAAAUAAUUUGAUCA